AAAUAUAUAAUAUAAAAGCUAAAUAAAUUUAAAUCAGAAAUAUUAUAUAUUCAAUAUUUAUUAUUCACAUUUAACUACAUGAUCGCAUAAUAUACAUAUAUGCAUCGUUAAUGUACGUCGUGUUGUGAGGUGUUAGCCAGAUACGUUUAAAGAAAGUGUAGGUUGGUGUGGGUGUGCAUACUGCUAGAAGACAGCCGCACAAGUGAAAGGGUAAUGGCAAGGAGUGGAGGUGAUUUUCAGUGAUCUUUAACAAAUGGCUUUGUCCGAGGUGCACAAUUUGGCUGCAAUUAUCGGCAACAAUGGUUUUACUGUUAGCAAGAAUAACGUGGUUGAACGCAACAUCAACAUGUUGGAACCACGAAACAAUUAUCCAGCUGAUAGAUGUAAUACAGAAUAUAAUUAUUGGAAUUAUGACUUAAUGGAAUGCAAUACACAAAAAAAUAUGAAUGUAGAAGAUGAAGAUAGUCAGGAUUUAAAUAAUCCUAUGGUCAAUGAUUUAGUGUCAAAAAUUCUUGAUGAUGAUUCAAUAGUUGGUGAUAACGCUCACAAUAAUAGUUAUAAUGGCAAUAUUCAAUAUUAUUCAGAUACUCAAUCCUGUAUUAUGGAAAAUAAAAUGGAAAGUAAUACUGAUCCUAAUUUUACUAUGGAUCGCUUCAAUAUGCAUUCAACAUUUAAUAAAUUACAAAAUAAUAUUUCUAAUAAUGCUAAACUUGAAUGUAAUUAUAACACUCUCUGUGGAGAGCUCAAAACAUUGAGUCUCAAUACAUGUGUAGGGCAAGUAUCAGAUCAAGGAAAUUUAUAUAACAAUGGGAUUGGUGCAUAUUCAAAUACGUAUCCAUCUGAUUCACAAUCUUAUGUACUACGUCCAAGUAAUGAAAAUUGUUGUAUUAGUGGAAAUACUAUGCCUAUAUGCAAUGAUUUAUUAACAACUACAAAUGAGACAAAUGUAGGUAAGCAGUCUGCUAAUUGGACAGAAAAUUUAUCAACAUCAGGAUGUACAUCAGACUUAUUUGGAAAUUAUCAACGAAUACAAAAUUGUACAAAUCCAGAUCUUAACUUUAAUAUGGCUCUAACAUUGGCUUUAGAUUCUCCUGAUCCAAUAACUCUAAAUGAAUUAGAGUAUCAUAAUAAUAUUGGACAAAAUGGAACUAAUACAUAUAAUAAUCCAACACCUUCUAUGCAUGAAUUAUACAGCAUGACUGCCAAUAAUCAAACUUAUAGACCAAGUUCAGCAAUGACUGAUUUGAGUAUUGAUUCUGGCUUUCUUUCAAAUUCUCCAUUACAACAUUUUUCUCCAGCUGAUACAAAUUUGCAUAAUUGUUUUGGAAAUAAUAUACAGCGGAGUAAUGCUAAUGAUUAUAAAGAUUUACAUGAUUCAAAUAGAUUAAGCAUGACAAAUAUCUCCAUACCAAAUGAACAACUUCAAUUUUUGCACCAACAAGCUCGUAGCUACAAAUUAAAUCAAGCUGUGGACCAAGAAUACAAACAAUUAAUUGACUAUUAUCCAGGUGUAAGCGAUUUCACCACAUCAUCAAUCAAUAGUUUAGACACAAAUGAAAAUUGUCUUACAAAUAACGAUUAUAAAAUUGAUAAUAAUUUACUGAAAAUUAUCAGUCCGAAAUCAAAGACUAUUGAAACUAAGACAUAUUCACCAAUUGGAUUUCCAAAAAAUCUAAGUUCGCGUAAUACUCACCAGUCAAUUGCAAAAUAUGGAUAUCAUAAUUAUCAACAUUACACUGCCAAUAACGGCGAGACUUUAAAAAUGUUACCACAAAGUUCCACAUCUUAUCAGGAUUUGAAGCAGCCUAAUAAUACUAAUACAUAUAAGGUGGAAGGAUUUGAUCUUACCAAAGAAAUAGCUUUUCCUUCUGUAAGUCAUUUGACGAAUCAAAUAGCAGGGUCUUCAAUGAACAAGGAUACUUUUAAUUAUCUUAUGAAACAACGACAUCAUAUGCCAAGAAUACAAAAUAGUCCUGGCAUUCCAUCUGCUGAUGUCCUUUUUAAUUCAGGAAUAGUACCAAAUCCGGGAACAGUAAGAUCUGGAGUAUUCCCACCAGUAAUGCCAGUUCCUGUACCACUUCCAGUUCCACGACUAUUUUCCGUAUUAUAUGGUGGAGGUUUGAGCCUUAGAAAUGGAAGUGGAACUUCUAGACGUACAGCACCUUCAAGUAUAUUACACUUCAGACUGGAGCAAACUUAUGAACAGUUUAAACAAUUAGAAAAAGAACGAAAAAAAUGCGAAGCGGGAUUAGCUGCUCAUUUUCCUGGUAAAAGAGUGACGAGUGCAAACAAUAUACCUAUUCCUCGCCUUCAAGGAAAUCCAUCACGCGUUGAUCGUUUAGUCAUUGAUUAUUUGAGAGAGCAUGCACGCGUUAUAACUCUGAUUGCAAAGAUGGAACGUUUACGAGGGACCACGAUGAAUCAACGUGUACAUAAAGCUAUGGAAUAUUGGUUGGAAGCAAUAAAGUUCGUCCAAGAAUGUCGUAAACGUGAAGUUGCAAAUGCUACUAAACGCCAAAAAGAAAAUCCACCAUGCAUUCUUGUAUACAAUGAUAAUGAUAUAUUAACAUUGGCAGCCAGUGUAUAUGAAUUGACGAAGGCAUCUCGAUACGCAAGAACUGGUAUGUAUAACGCAUUACAAGCUACAUUAUUGUAUGACUUGGAAAUAGAAAAGAAAGUCGUUGAAACUUCUAAAGAUCCAGUUCUUGUGAUGAAACGUAAUGAAAGUCAGGUAACACAUGAUGUUGGUGAUUAUUCAAACAGUACCUAGCAAGAUUUUGAAAACCGCUUUUCCAUUUUGUGUGAAAAAACAUAGAUCGAGUCCAGCAGCUUUUUACUUACGUAUUCCGCGUUACGUUAAUGAAAAGCUUUUGCUGGCGUUUAUCAUAAUUUUAUCGCUGAGACAAAACAAUGCCGCCCACUAAUUGCGAAAUUUUCAAAGCAUCAUAUGGAGAAAUACACAUACUCCCGCCGAAAUAGGAAAAUCAUAUGCGUAUCUACUUUUUACAAGUUAAUAGUAACUCCAUAGUUUUCUACUGUACAUAUUUUUAUCCCUACUAUAUAGUACAGUCUUGGGAGUGUCAGUUCUUGGAAUCCAAUACUUGUGAUUCAAUUGUCUAUCUUUCAAGUGAUUUUGCUUGUUCUUCGCUAACAGACUAACGAAAAGGAAACUUACGAACGUCAACAUUUUUAUCUUUGGAUGCGUUGUGUUACAUAUUUCACAAUUCCAAAGAUAAUUAUUUCAAAAUUAUUGAGGAUCCGAUACUCGUAGAAAGAAAAAAACGAAGAACAAGAUUGCUCAGACGUACUAGAAGAAACAAAAAAUGAAAAAAAGAAAAAGAGAAAAAAGAACGUUCGCAAGAAUCUCCGACUAUUACUCGUUUGCGUAUGUGUCAUAGGCUAGAUAAUAUAGGCUAAAUUUUACCAAUAUAUUUGUUCAGAGUGCUAGGCAGUAAUUUCUUAGACUAGUUCAAUGUGGCCUUCCUUAAAUGUGUGACCCAAGAUGUAUGUCAGGUAGUCAAAGUACAUCUCGAAAACUUCGAAUAUUUCGAAAAACUCAAAACGCGAUGCGGUAAUUUAAAUCGCAGAUCGGGUGAGCUUUUUCAAUCUGUGAAAAUAUGUGUAGCCUUUGAUCUGACUUGAUAUAUAGAUAUACAUAUAUAUAUAUAUAUUUACAUAUAUAUAUAUAUAUAUUUAUAUUUAUAUAUACACACACACACAUAUAUAUAUGUGUGUAUGUGAUAACGCAAAUAAUGUCCACUAUAUAUACUACACAUAAAUCUUUGUUAAAAGAGAGGACUUUUCUAAAACAUACUUACACGCAUACACAAAAUCAUGCUCUGGCGUAACAUUUACGCACAGUACAUAGUCGCAUUACAUUUAAUUGCAAGAUAAAAUAUAAAAUAUUCGUGUAUAUAAUUACACAUAAUAUGUGAAACAUUAUAUAUAUAUAUAUAUAUACACGUACAUAUACGUAUACAUGUCUAUGUGUGUGCGUGUACAUAUGUACACAUAGAUUUAUGUGCAAAUACAUACAAUAUGUAUAAGAUAUAUAGAGAAUUUUUAACGUGCAUACGCAAAACACAUAAAACUAUUCCUACAUACCUACAUUAUUACAUACUAUACGUUCUAGACAAAUUGAUUAGCUCUAUAACAGCCGAUUUGCAAAGUUCAACAUUUCUUCUACUCAAUAUUAAAUAAGCUCUUUCACACCUGAUUAUUAUUAUACUAGGCUCAAUAUAUUUUAACGUUCCAAUCUGCGUAUGUACGAAUGUUCGUACGAAUCCGUGUUUUAUUAUAAUUUAAAAAUCGCGAUAUAAUCGCGUGCAAGUUCGAGUUCCACGGAAGCAUCAAACGUCGUUUCGUUCUACGUUCUUGACGAGACUUCAACGGUGAUUAUUUCCGUAUUCCUAUGAAAUUACAAAACAUAUAUAUUCGCACAACGAUAAACAAAAGGUACUUCGUGUUAGAGAGAAUUAAGAAAAAAAAAGGAAAAAAGAAAUGUAAAUUUAUAUAGUGUCCAACGCGUAGACGCAUGGAUGACGCAUGGAGGUGAACAAAACUUUGAUGCAACAUUUUUGCUGUCUCGAGGUCUAACUUUCAUAAAUAUUUAAAUUGAAUCGGUCGGCCUGUAUUAUCAUUAAAAAUGCUCGUAAAAUCGGUUGUCGGUUAACAAAUGAUAAAAUAUUAAUAUAAUCAUCUCUGUAUAUAUCCGUCAAUUUCCGUCUGAACUGUAUGAUCUACGUAGUAAUUCCCAAUGAUAAAACGAGGAAGAAUGGUGUUUCGGUUUAAUUCCUCGGUAUUUCUAUAUCAAUCUUAGAUGAGAGAUAUUAUUAGCGAAGUAUUUAAUUUAGUAAUAGUAAUACUUGUUGAAUAGAAUUUUCUGGCUGUCUUUGUUGCCGAUCACCACUAAUGAACGAAUAUUUUAAUUUUUUGACGACAGAUAAGUUUGUUUUUAUAUAUUGAUAUGUUUUGCAAAAUUGUUAAAACUUUACAAAAAAAUUUUAUAUCGAUUACUCAAAAUGAUCAAUCGAUCAUUUCAUCGGAUAAAAUCCGUUUAUUUUUAUAUAUUAAAAGACCAUGUAUUGAAAGUUUAAAUUUUAGUAAAAGGAUUGUUAAUUCAAAAAUAUAUCUAAUAACUUUGAAUCGAGUAUAUUAAUUGUAAUACAUUUUCGUAAUAUCGAAAAGAUAGAGAAAUUUAUUAACUUUAAACAUUUUUAGCAGACAAAAUUACAUUAUUAAUUAUGAAGAUGUUUUCUUGAUUUUGAUGUCUUCUUCGAACUGAAAUACUUGAAAUAUCUAGACGAAAUUGCUCGGCCGCAAAGACAACCCCAACUCUCGAAGAAUGGUCCGGUACUCCAAUCUUGUAAAAGACGCAAGAUAUACAUACAGACUGCUUUUACAUAGCGCUUAUAUAAUCAUUGGGGACCAUCUCGAGCAUUGUCUCCGCGUAUAUAUCAGCAUAUCUUAGAAACUCAUUUUUCAUUAACACGAAGGAACAUUUGCAUUUCUUCACAAUUUCUUCGUUAUUUUUCUUUCUUUCUUUCUUUCUUUCUUUCUUUUCUUUUCUUUUUUUUUUUUUUUUUUCUAAUCUCCGAGGUGUGCGGUUGUAUAAAUUUAACUCCUUUCCUCUUACGUUAAUAUCUUUUCGUUUACGUUCCUCUUUGUCCCCUGUCUUUUCUUCCCUUCUCAAAAUACGACGAGGGCAAAGUUGAAUAGAAUCGGAAGAGAAACGCGUGUGAUUCAUUAUGAUGUUUAAUCCUCUUCCUUUUUUUUUUCUCUCCUUCCAUUUCAAAAAUAUCAAACGAGAUAAAUGAUUAAUAAAUAUGCGUCCGGAAAUGACGAAAGUAUAGGCUUAAUAAAACUUUAAUGAAAAAUGUAAAAAAGAAAAAGAGAAAAAAAAAAUACAAAAAAUAUGUGUCUGUUAGGAUAGUAUAGAAUUAUCGAAUCGCUCGUUAAGAAGAAUUCUUACGGAAUGAAAGGAAGAUUAAUCGUCGCUUAUGCGUAAAAUUUAGAAAAUAGCGAACACGAGUAUUCGAGGCGCGCGUGAUAUUUCAGGCUGAAGAAGAAAGCAAAGCAGUGCUUUACACAAUUUCCUUCCGCAUUUGUCAACGUGUUUAUAUUAUAACUGUGAUAUAUGUAAUGCCAAUUUGUACAUAACUUAACGCUGAAAAACUUACUGUCGCGGCAACGAUACGGUGAACAGGUUAAUUUUUUUUCUUUUCUUUUUUUUUUUUUUAUGUCAAUAUUUCGUUUCUCUUCUCAUUUCCGCUUCAGUCAAUCGCUUUUACCGCUCCUUUGUUCUUAUAACUUGGAAUGUGAUACCAAUAGAUAAACAUACGCGUUCGAUUCUAGUUUCGAUUAAAAAACAUUUUCUCUUCGGAAAAAUUCAGAAAGUAUCGAUGUGUAUACCCCGCGAUAUAAACGAAUCGUUUCUUAAUAAGCGUUUCACUUAACUGAUAGUACUUAGCACGAACAAUUGUCAAUAUCAUGCAUCUGAAAUAUCCACGCCAUUUACAUUCGAUAUUUUUAAAGUAGCUUCUUGUAGUUUCGAUGGGCAAAAAAUAAUUUUUUAUCGCCCCUUUCGAUCUCAAAACAACGUGUAAUAAUUUUUAUUUCGAAUGUUCAUUCUUGCUCUGCAUUUUAUUAACAUUUCUUAGUUUUUUUUUUCUUUUUAAAACAAAAAUUUUAAAGUAAAAUUGAAAAAACAGAUUUUUGACCAAGCUUCUCAAUAUAGAUAUUCAAAUUUUGUUCGAAAUAAAAACUUAGGAAUCUCGAUAAUCGAUAUAUCGACUAGAAAUUGAUGGAAGAGUAUAAAAUUUUUAUCGGAAUCGUGGAAAAUUAUAUAGAAAAUUUCUUACGAGUUGCGGAUUUUUCAAAUCUUGAAAAAAAUGAGGGAAUAAAAGAGAUUAGGUAGCAAAGAGUAACGUCACUUGCGUUUGUUUCCCGUUGCGUGCACAAUCCCCCCCCUUCUUCCUGUGUUCGAGAAAAAAAAAAGAACACGAAUAAUGCUUUCUCGCGUGAAGUUAUUAUACAUAUGUGCAUGUGGCACGUAUUCAGUGAUUACCUCGUAUCAUAUUUAUUGUACGCAGCAUCGUUUAAGAAUAGGAACACUAUCUGCACGGAUACGUGUUUGACAAUCCUAUUUAAAUUGCAUGUGAUAUUAUAUAUUACCGAAUAGCUAAAUAUAUAUCUAAGCGGAUAUACGCAUUUGUACAAAUUGUUUCACUGAUGAUAGCAUAUUAACAAUGUUUAAUUUUUGCUCUUAUUAAACUUUAGAGCGUGAAAAGUAUUUACCCGUGUUGCGAACAGAUUAAGUUUUAAUUUUGAUUUUAAUUAUUUCUUAUUGAAAUAAUUUCUUCUUAAGUUUCACUACGUAGUAUAAAAGAAGAAAAAAAAAAUUAACGUUUAUCGAUCGAAAUUGUCUUCGAUUUCAAUAAUUGUUUUAUGUAUUCAAAUCUUUUCUUAAACAUUGGUUCUUAUUAAAAAAAAAAAAAAAAAAUUAAUCUUUCAAUAAGUAGAUGAAAAAUCGCAUGGAAAAUCAUCUCUUCUUAUUAGUUAUAUUCAUAGUAACGUUUGACGACAUAUUGACCGUUUCUCCUUGCAGCCUAUUCUUGCCACUCUUCUUCUAAGUAUGUAACUUACGUAUUAGGUCUUUUUUCUUUUCUCUUACGGCUGAGUAAAACUAUUGUUAUAUUUUAUAGUUUUAAUAUACACGUCUAUAUCCUUUUUACGAUUAAUAUUAAUUAAUCGAUGAAUUAAUUGAAAAUUAAAGUUACGUUUUAAGUGACAGAAUAAUCAGUGAAAUAUUCUGUACAUGCGUAUUCACGCGUCUACAUGCUCGUGUGUGAAACGUAUACAUGAAUAUACAACUAAUUCUUUGAGUUACGCGAUGAAGCUGCAUAAGAGAAAAAUCUAUAAGCGUCCAUACACAGAUGUAAUGAUAUAAAGUAAUAACGAAAGAAAAAUACACGAAAAACCGACCAAUGUUUUAACUCACGAAACUCUCAAGACGUCUCGUCAUAGCGUGUAAUUGUAAGGCUCAAUGAUUUCUUUGCCGAUCAAUCCGUCGGCCGUUAAUAGCGAAAACACUUUUCGCUUAUAUUAAAUAACAUUUGUGAAAAUUCCGAAUGGCAACUAGGAUCAAUACAGGGUCCGAAUAAUUUUGAACCGUACGAACUGAUACGGAUACGAAACUAGACAGUGUUUAAUUUCGUUUAUUACAUUUUGCUUGGCGAAAGUUAGAAUUCCUUCAAUAUCCUGUUUACGUACAAUUGAUAUUGAGAUGAGUAUCGAUUUCUAUAGAUUUUCUGCUUUUUUUUUUUCUUAAUUUAAUAUGUACAAUAAAUUGUACGUAAUUUAUCUUCGAUUAUUAAAUUUAUUAUAGAGAUACUUUAAAAUUUCUUUUGUAUUUUUCUACUUCUAUAAAAAUACGAAGUAAAACUUUUAGAUAUAAAAUAUAAUUAUUUUUUAUGGAAAAUUCAAGGAAUUGGUUUCCUUCUUUUUUUCAUGCCUACUUUAAUUUCGAAUGAUAAAACUUUAACUUUAAAAAUAAAUAACAUUCGAGAAAUCACAGCCAUUUUUUAUUCAAACUUUUCAAAUUUUUCACUGCCAAAGUUGCUUUAAUUUUUCUGAUCAUUGUUUAUCCGAAAAGAAAAAUACUCGUGAAGCUCUGAAUCAAGGACUGUUUGGCGUAGAUUUUAUUUCAAUUUUGUGCGGUAUAAUUAUAAUAAUUUAUUUUUAAAAUAGAUAAGAUAUUUUUAAAAAAGAAAAAUGCACUUUUUCCAAAGUUAUUUUAAUUUUUUUAAUAAAAAUCUAAGACUAAAAAUAAUUACAAUUUCGUGCCUUUUUCUCGGUUCAGGAUUAGUCUUUGUUUCGUGAAUUUGUAAAUAGAUUUCAGUUAUCAGAUACGAAUUAUAUUAACCUCGAAAAACGGCAUUAUUUCACCUUAGAUUGCCUAUCGUUUUCUUAAAUCUGACACGUGUUGUAUCGUGACCAUGGCACAAAAUGUUGUAUAUCAAAAGGAUCAAUAACUAUUGUACGUGUCAGAGCAAUAUUUCAUAGUAAUGAAAACAAAUUUUCCGCUUAUCAAAUUAACGUUUACCUGUUUUCGAUUUUAUAUUUCCUAUAUAAAUAACAAAUUAUUUGCUGAAUUGACAUUUACCAUGCAUUUUUCGUGCCCAUUUCUUUGCCAUUAUUUGUAUUAUAAAAUAACAUUCAAGUGUUCAAAUAUCUAUUAGAUGAUUUUAUAAGAAUUUCUAGCUUUCUAUUUAAAAAAUAAAUAAAUAUAUUAUAUUUAAUAAGUAUUAUAAACGAUAUUAAAUACUGUCUUAAAUAUAUCUCUAUUUUUUCUUUUCUUUUUCUUUUUUUUUUUUUUCUCUUCUUUUUCAAGCAUUGUAGAUCUUAAUUCCACAGAAUCAAUAGUCAGUUGGUCCAGAUCAUUCCAAUCGACAAGUGUCAACACUUACUUUGCACUUGUUAGUUCUCCGUUUUUCGUUCUCGAUUCGCUUGAUCAUUCGACAUUGCACGAAUUGCCACAUUAACUCGCGUUUCAAGUUUAUUACAUGGAUAUAUUUAAAGAGUAUUUAAUUCCACGUGAAAUUGAAUUAAGUUUGAUAACUCGAUUAAAAAAAAAAAAAAGAAAAAAAACACAAUAGUCAGGAUGUCGAAUAGAAAAGAUGGAUACACACAAUAGUCAAUAAAAGUGUUUACAGUUUAAUCUUCCGAUCAAUUAGCACCGUCGAUUAAUAAUUAAUAGAUUGACCAAUAGAACAAUUUCGCCAUGAGAAAUGAUUAAAUGUGCGGUACUAACGAAGCGCUAUACGUUCAAAAUUACCUAUGAAGAAACCAUAUCCACAGAGGUUUCUCCUUAAAACGAACACCUGUAUGCCUAAGAUACACGUAUAUGCGCGCAACGUAAAUAUUAUGGGAAAUUUGUCCAAUCGAAAUGCAAUAUUUUUCUCGGAAAACGAUCGUGAUUGAUCGUAUACACGGAACAGUAUGAUAGUAUUGUAUGAUAGUUUAACAAUUUUUAUCGCGUACCUUCGAACGCCAAUACAGCUUCAAAGGAAUUUUUUAAAAAAUGAUGCGAAGAAUUGUUGUUUUGGAACAACUACCACGGCCACAAUUUUAUUUCUCCGUGUAAUAAUCGACCGUGUAAUACGCUUUAAUGAUCGUGCACAAUUUAGCUUAAUUGUGAAUUCUCUUUCUCUAUAUCGAGUAAUGUGCAUAUCGCAGAAUUCAUUUGAUUUUAUAUUUUAAAUUUUUAUAUAUAUAUAUAUAUAAUUUUUGCAUAAACAUGGUCUUGUUCAUUUGUUGAAAUUUUUUCAAUAUUUAUGAAUUAUUAAAAUAAAUUGAAAAGCUAUUUCAAAUUUCAAAAUUUACCUUCUUUUCUUAUCCAUAUCUCGAUAUCAGUUAUUAAAGAUUGAAUUUGAAAUGUUUAAUUUUUUAUUUUUACGAUUUUUGCGUUGAAACAAAGAUAAAUAUAAUAAAGAUAUGCAAUAAAUGUUGAAAGAAAAAAGUAUCGAUAUAGAGAAAGAAAAAAAAAAUUAUAAGUAGAUAAUAUAGUAUUCGAGAACGUAAUGUUAAAAUGGCUAGCUGUAUCGAAGUUUCUGUAUUAAUACCGGUAUAACUUUCUUUGAUAUUUGAUAAAAAAAAAAAAAAAAAAAGAGAGAGAGAAUGUUCUAACAAGAUAUAGAUUAUAGAUAUUAGGAUAAGAGUUAAAUAAUUCAUUCGCUUUCUUCUAAAAGCUUUUCAAAAACUUGACUCGAAGUAUCGAAACUUUCGAAUACUUUUCGAAAAUUUUUGAAUUGAAUAGAUUCAAAGAUCUUGAGACGCUAGAAUGUCUCGAAAAAAUCUUUAAGAUUCCCAAAACGUAUUAUGAUACCACCAUAUAAAAUAUUAUUUUCUAUAUAAGAGAAUUAAAUUGAUCACUUGAAGAUCUUUAAGAUCUAUUGAAAAAUCUAAAAUUAAAAAAAAAAAAUUGUUUAAGAGUAAACUUUGAGUAAAAAUCGAAUUUUUUUUGAUUAUGAUAUACGCAUGGUAUUACAUUCAUCGAGAUAUUUGUAUCAUCUUAAAAUUAAAUCGUUUCUUUCGAUCGAUCAGUCUUAAGAUCGAGGAUCGCUGCGUAACGAUAUAAUGUUCAAUACUUAACGACGUUCCAUUUAACGAUUUUUUUAAAAGAUCGUUGAAUCAAUUAAUUUUACGUGAAAAUAGAAGAUUCUAGCGGUCUAGUUACGUAUUCACGUAAAAUUUAUCGAAAGUCUGUUCUAAAAUAUGCAUUAUUCACGCACGCGUUUUCGUUCCUUCGUGUUUUCUCAAUACCAUUACUUGGGGGACUGAGAGGACAAAUUCGUUCCUUUCUUCGCAAUUUUUAUUUAGUCUUAGUAUUAUAUUUAGUUAAAUAUAGUGGCCUAUGCGUUAUUAACAGAUUGUUUCAGAAUUAUUAGUACAAGUUUGAUUUGCUGAUAAAAAUACAAAAUAAAAAUAUAAAAGAUAUAGAGAGAAAUGGAAUGGAAAGUGAAUAAGAAAUAUUUAUUUUCUAUUUAAUUAUAUUAUUUAUAUAUAUCUUUUUCUAUCUAUUUUACCAUUUUUUUUAACCUCUAUUGAAAUGGAAUACGUUUCAAAAUUAUUCAAAUUUCAACGAAAAAUCAUUCGUUUUCUUUCAAAUUAAAUUUUACUUUUUCUACGUGAUAUAAUAUAAUAAAUUUUUAGCAUAUCAAUUGAAAGCUUAUUCAUUUAAGAAAUAUCUAUGAAUCAAAUCUGUACUUAUAAUUCGCAAUCUGAAUUCGAGUGUUCGUGCUUUUGCCACUCUCUUCCUAUCUUCAGUCAAUAAUUUAGUAAAUAAUAACAUUAAGCUGUUAUUUAGCGAAUCGUAAACGUUUCUAUUAAACGAUUAUACGAUCGAUUCCAUUCGAAACUUGCACCCGAUCGUAUCAGACUCUUGAGACCCGAAAUACACGUUGUCGCACAAGACAUUUAUCGAUUCCUAUUAAUAACUAUUAAAGUAUAGCUAAUAAUUGGAUUGUACAUAGAAAGCUUUGUCUUAUGAGAUCUUACAAUGAGAAAAAAAAUGGAAAACUGCUCAAUCCGCGACGAUAGAAAUAUUUCAAUGUUCAUAUUUCAUUGUUCGUACACUUCCUAAAAUAACGAUGUUAUAUCAUUUUAUCGAAAGACAUCGAUGAGCUCUUAUUAAUUCUUGGACGACGAAUCUAUGGUCGCGGAAUUGCUCGUGAAACAUUAACAUCGAAUAUCAGUAUCGAUUCGCAAAAACUAGACAGACUCGAGGGAGGACAAUUAUCGAGAAGCUAUACGCUAAAAUAUUUCUGAUACGAAAAGAAGCCAAGGAUCGUAGGGAAGUUUGUAGUCACAGAGAUGCAGAGACAUCUGUAAUUCCUGAUUAGAAACAAAGUAUAGUAAAAAGUUUAGUCACAUCGGUGUUAAAUAUAGGUUAGUCUUGCAAAGAUUCGACAAAGAAGGAAAGAAUAAGCAAGUGAUGUCGCGAACGAAGUAAUCGAAAGAUGAUUAGUAACAAUUAGUAGAUAAAUACAUAUUACACGUACGUAUACAUAUAUGUAAACAUUUACGUGAAUUAUUCGUAGUUACACGUCGAAAGAAGACGAUUAGAUACAUUUAGAUAAAUAUAGAGUAUUUGUAUGCGUGUACAAGGAAAAGAAGAUUUAUGAAAUUCGAAAUUGCCGGUGAUGGCAUUCUAGAAAAAUUUGAUAGGAAUACAAAUUUUAGAUAUUAUUUAAUAUUCGAUGUUAAACCUCUGGCGAGAUUUAUUAUUUUGUCGCUGAUACGACAAUAGUUAUUUACUCGUUGAUACACCUCUCAUCAUUCGAGACUUUAUAGGUGACGUCGAGAAAACAAUUGCCUAGUUCAAAUUCUUAGCAAAUAAUUUUCAGCUAAUCCUAGAUACGUAUAGUGCAACAUUAUUCCAAUAAUACGUGUCGAUGGAGAGCGACGCUUUUAAUUGUAAAUACUCCUAGUGAUUUUCGAUUGACGCUCUUUCCAGCGAGAAAGUUUUAAAAGAAAAAUGAAAUUACGCGGUAUAAUUAUACGCGUAUUGCCAGUGAUUUCUCUUGGUUUCGUUUUCACUCUUUUUGAUUUUCUUGUCUGUGAAUUUUUUUUUCUUCUCCCUUUUCAUUUUGUUUAUUUUUCUUUAGUGAAUUUAGCUUAAGAAUUCAAUAUUUACAUUAAUGUCGUGAAUUACACUCAAUAGUAUAUUAUUAUACUGUUUUUGAUCGGUUUGUAAUUAAUUUUUUUUUUUUUUUGCAACCAUCAAAGAAAUGCGUUAAAAUGAAAUAAUAUUCGUUCUCGUUGAUUGAAGGACAGUGAAUAAAAGGGAAGAGAGUUUCUCAAUUUUUUUGAGAUUGAAAACUUCCUGUUCUAAUUCCUGUUUCUUUUUCCUAUUAAUUAUUUUAGCUAAUUUAUUAGAUAUAAUUAUUAGAUAAUUAUAUAGUCGAAAUAUUAUUAUUUAUUUUUCUUCCGAUCAUUAGAUGACAAUUAGUUUAACGUUGUUUGUAUACCAUAACACAUGGUCACAUAUCGAUGAUUAACGACAACUAUCAGCGAUAUCUUGCCAGUAGGUUUACGAUCAACAUUAUUCCGCUUGUUUCACGUUUAGAAGAAAAAUUAAAAAAAAAAAAAGGAAAAUUAUUAAAAUGCAAUCGUUAAAAAUCGUUCGUAUCGUUAAGAAAGAUAUCACAACUAAUUAAUAGAUUUAAUGGAAACGAAUAAUUAUAUCUCCUUGUCUAUGGGGUUGGGGCUAAAUGGUGAACGGAGAACGAUUCAGAAAAUUCGUUUCUUUCUUCCUUUUGAACGCGUUGACGAGGGAUAUUACGUUCGCAUAGUAAUCUUUUAGGAUAUUCUCUAGCUUAGCGAUGCUUUUCACGUAAAUAAGUAAUAUUUCAUCCCGACACGUUCCAAUGUAUUAUUAUCAAAAAGAAACGAAUUUUUCGAUUUCACGUUUUCUCAAAGCUUUUCAAGCUACUAUUGCGAAAUACUAUCUCUGCAUAAUAUACAUGUAUAUAUAAUAUAUGAUGGACAAAUGGAGAAAAAGAAAAAAAAAUAAUGGACACAAUCGUAUCCAUAAUUGCAUAAGUGGUAUUAAAAUUAUAUGUAUAUUGGUUAGAAUGUGCAGGAUUGUUCGCUUUCGCCGCUAGUAAACUAUGGAUCGCUAUGGAUCCUCAAUCAAAUUCAGCGAUCGAAUGUCGCAAACGAUCGGUAUAUACGCUUUGGUGUCUAAGAAAAAUGAUAAAAAAAAAUAUAUAUAUAAAUAUAUAUACAAUAUAUAUACAUAUAUGAAAAAACGAAAAAAAAAACGGGAAAAAAUAGAAAAAAAAAUAAAAGCAACGUGUUGUUCGCCAAUGUUUAGAAGUGUCCAGCGAAUAAUCGAGGUCGCAGGCUGAAAGUUCUCAGGGAAAUGCAACCGAAAGAGAGGAUAUAAUUGUGAAUGCAGAAUUGCUUGCCCUGAUCAAUAUUUUUUCGUGGUGCCAGACAAAGGAUCUUGACAAUCUCGAGAAAAUCGAAUCGAUGAAAAUAUGUGUGUGAUGAUAAAGCGAUCGAUAAAUUGUAUCUCGUUUGUACGAAAAAAAAAUUAUUCCAUGUAUGCUAAAUCGUUGAUUUAAAAACAGUUUUUGAGACGUUCUUCGUAUUCUUAGAUUUUUUUUUUUUAUUUCGUAGUAACGGAAUGUUUGUCACUGCUGAUAUUUUCUAAUUUUUUUUAUCUUUUAAAUAGUUUACGUGGAAUACAUAUUUUCUUAAUAAUUAUGAAAAAAAGAAUGAUUACGAAAUACGAUAUUCACUGAUUCGGAGAGAAUUGUCCAGAUCCUUCGAGAUCGUCUCAUUGAACGAUAAAGAAGAUAUGUGAUCUCGUGGCCGUUAUAUACUUACUUAUACGCAUAAAUUUAUUUGUUCAUAUGAAGACAAUCGUUUUACCGCAGAAAGUAAAGGGGGGAAAAAAAAAGAAACAAAAAUAGCUUUGCAAACUUCAGGGUAACGAGUCAACAAUGGCCGACUAUUAUCGAGAAAUUAAACAAAAAAAAAAAUAAAUAAAUAAAAUAAAAAAAUCUAAAUAAACAUCGACGUUGCGAGGGGAAUACUGCUUGGUUUGCGGACCAUUAAAUACCAAAUACUAUACAACGAUCGCGUUACAAUAAUUAUUUAACAUAGGUUGGAACACUGGAAUAUGGAAAUGCAGUGGUGGAUGCAGUGAUUUUGCAUCCGAAUAAAAGCUCGAUGAGAAAGCGUGAUUGAAAUCCAAAUUGGGGAUUUCUUUGCCGUUUUUGCGGUUGUCGGUUAGUAAAUUUGAUUGAGGACGUAAUUCGUAAAGAACCAGCUAUAAUUCAUGUGCGUUUCUUUAGUAAUAUUUCGAAGUUCGAUUAGUUUUUCUUACUGAAACAUAAUUGUUCAAUAAAUAAUGAUCAAGGUAGAAACGAGAGAGAUAGGGAGAGAAAUAAAGAGAGAAUGCGAGUUCGGUCUUAGAAAACUUAUCGCAUAAGUCUUGAAUACUUUUACAGAUGUACAGUUUCGAGAUUUUGACAGAGAAAAUUCUUCGGUGAUGUACGAUGUAAAAGUUUCAUGAUCAAUAAUUUCAAUUCAAUUUUUAGUUAUUUUAUUUUCCUCCAUUUAAAUCGAAGCGAAAAACUCGCGCUUUUCGUUUCUGUUCUAUGCUCUUUAUAUUUUUAAUAAAUGCUUUGGCAUUUUUAAAUCCGAUAUCGACAUUUGUAAAGAAAAAAAAUUAGCUAUUUUAGUUUAUGUCGAUUCGGCAACGUACAAUGGUGUAAAAAAGUUUUCAAGCUAGACAAAUUAUUUUGUUUAUUUUUAAACUCUUAUAUUGAUUUAAAAAUUUUUUUAAGAAACUUUUUCUUUCUUUUGUUGUGAGUCGAUUAAAAAAAAAUUACAUCCAUCUAUUUUGAAAAUUUUCACAAUUAUUAUAUGUAUUAUAUACUAUAUAAAAUUAACUAAAAAUUUUUUUUAAUCUCCAAAUCUGAGAAAAUUCAUGUAAAUCUGUCCGCUCGAAAACUUUUGCACGUUAUUUCUAUAAAGAAAGAAUGAUCUUUCGCAUAAUAAUCUAGACGAUCUUUUUGAAAUGUGUAAAAUUUCACUCGAUUACUAGUCUAUCAUUGCUUACGUAAUUAACCGAAAUUCAAAGCUCGGUUGCCAAUUUUAUCAUAUUUCAAACAUAUCGCAAAAUCUUCGGAAUUCGCGUACUAUCAAGAUUACACUCUGCUCGCGUAUAAUCAUACACAAUUUGCCAUGAAGGAAAUAAGUAUGUAACAAGUGCAGAAUGUUUCCGAUUGUUUGCUCACGCGUUUAUAUACAUACAUAUACGCGGGGGGACGAUUUAUCAUUCGAUCUCGAAUAAUCGUCAUCGAAUUUUAAACUUCCCGCGCAAUUCUCACCGAUCAUGCGCAGAAAGAUAAGAACGAAUGAAUCCUUUGGGACAUAUUUUGCCAUGUCGUUCGAUCGCAAAACAGAGAUAUAUGCUUUGUAAUGUAUCUACGUAUGCCCUGGACGAUUAGGAUUAAUUUUCAGGACAUUAUUACUUAAAUAAUCCUCCUAUUUCGCGUGGUGCUUAAAAUUUGACUGAACAUUAACAUUGCGUCCAUGUGUAUCAAAUUUUAAGCAAACAAAAUAUCAUGGUGUAUAAGAUAAUAUUGCGGAUGAAAUUAAACUAGAAAGUGAGUUACAUAACGGUGAAUAAUAUAAGAAUGAUUGAACAAAGAUGGUAAAAAAAGAAAACAAUUAACGAAAAAAAAAAAUAGUGCUCAAAUCAUAAGUGACUAUGCGUCUUGACGUGCAUCUUUUUAACGCAUUAUGCGUACAGAACGUUAUAUAUUGACACACACACACACACACACACACACCAUGCGCGCACGCGCGCGCAUAUACAUGGAUACACUCGCAUACAUACACUAAAGACUGUAGAAAUUCUUGAAAAGAAACGACGGUAGCUUGCACCUUCUGUAAAUUGCACAAAAUAAUUUUUUACAGAUAACAUUAUAAUUCAUGUAAAUGCGUUAUUUAUGACAGUGCCACCGAAUUGCAAGAUAUGAAAUGAAAAAUAAAAAAAAAAUCACUUUUCUCGUCGUUUUUUCGCAAGCGAUCGUGUACGUUUGCCUAUACUCGAAUGAAUUUUUAUAUUCGUUACGCUUAACAUUGCGUUACUCUUCGACUGUUUUUUAAAUAAAAGAAAAACUCCUGUCAAGAGAUUAAUCGCGAUAAAAUAUAUAUACUGCCGGAAAAAAAAAGAUAAUAAAAAAAUCAUUAACCGAGGUACAUCAUCGUGUUUUAGACCAAACGAUGAUUCUCGAUUAGCGCUCGCUGCUUGAAGUGCAAGCGUUGUAUGGGACGAAAUGGAACAAUGGUACAAUAAAAGUAAUUUUUAUUAAAAUUCCAUUAUAAAUUUCUUAUUUGAAUUCCUCAAAAUUUCUCAGAUAUUUAAUUAAAUUUCAAAUGAAAAAUAUUUUUAGUUAAUGUGGUAUUUUUUAGUAUUAUUAGUAAAGUAAAUCUGAAUAUUUUCAUAUUAUAUAAAGAAAUUUUUCAGCAAAUUUUAUAAAAUCUGUCAUUAUGUUAUGUAUUUCUUAUGUAUUUCUUUUUUCUUUUCUUUUUUCUUUCUUUUUUGCAUAUAUUUAAUAAAGUUUAAAGCCUAAAAUUAUACCAUUGAAACCUUCAACGCUACAAUUAAUAAAAUAGCUCAUAAAUAUUAAAAAGAAAGAAAAAAAGAAAAAGAAAUUCGACCAAUCUUUAAUAUCAAUGCAUUCGCUUUUUGCUCGUAAUUUUUUUUCCGCUUACAUUUGAAAUUUUUUAAAACUACAUUUCUUUCGUAUUAUGUAUUCAUUUGCUCGUAACAAAAUGAAAAAAAGGGUUGUUCGAAUCGAAGCUAAGGCAACGGCAAUAAUUAAAUUGGCGGAUCGAAUCGUAUCUGAUCUAGCUUGUUCGUUUGUUCAACUUCUUCAAUGUUUUUGGGCUGUGAUUUUACAACGCUGAUAACCCAAAACCGCAUUAAUUAUUCUCAAGUGAAACUGAAUCGACAAUCCAAACCAGAGAGAACUUUUAAGGACUUUAAAAAAAACGUUUUCUUAUUAGCCCUUUCUUCGAUAUUUAGACAAGAGAAUUCUUCAGCAUCUUUUAACUUAAGCGCCAGUGAAUAGAUGUUUACCGUGAUUACGUGAAUCGUACAAUUUUUUCGGAUAAACAUAAUGUAUAUGUAUAGUCACGAAAAAGGGGAGAGAAAGAGAGAGAGAGAGAGAGAGAGAGAGAGAGAUGAUGAUGAUGAUGAUGAUGAUGAUGAUGCGAAAGAAAAGAAAAAGAAAAGAUGAAACAAAUAUGUGGUAGAUGUGUAAGCUUGGACGUAUAAGAGAAGGAAAGAAAAUUAACUGUCGUUCUUAGUGUUUUUUAUAUAUAUAUUAUAUAUGUUACGUUUCAAUGUACACUACGAAUCGUAUUAAUGAUACGUAUAUAUGAUAAUAUAACAAUAAUAUAUAUUAUAUACAUAUAUAUAUUAUAUAUAUAUAUAUAUGAAUGAUAUAUCGUUAAAUGGGCUGUGGUAGAAACCUUUAUAUACUUUAUACACCGGACGAGUCGGAUCCUCUUGUUUCUUUUGUCUUUCUGGAGAAAUGAACAAUUACUGAUUAUAAUGAACGAACAUGAAAGAAGAAAUAUCCAAAAAAUGAAAUGAAUAGUAAGAUUUAAGAAAAGAAAAAAGGUAAAAUGUAUAUGUACACAUGAAAGAAAGAAGGAGAGGAAAGAGGAGAGAGAAGAAAGGAGAGAAGAGAGGAGAAAAAGAGAGAGAGAGAGAGAGAGAGAGAGAGAGAGAGAGAUGGCAUCAUUUUGUAAAGACGCUUCAAUCGUUUGAGUGCAUAGCCACUUGUCCUAUAUUCUGUCACACAACGAUUACCUUGCACAAAAUGUACCUAAUUAUAUUUAAAUAGUAGGAUCCGUCUUAAUGAUUGUCAAUAAUACUGUACCUAUUGUACCCGACACGGGCAAAUUAUGAUAUUAGGCUAUAAGGCUGUAAGGCGUAACUACGAUUAGAUAGAGAACCCAGUCGCUAAAAAAAACUGUAUAACUGUGAUGUACCUGCUUCGAAGACAAACGACUUAAAUUUUCUAACGUAUACAGAUUACUAAUUUUUGUAUGGACUAAAAUAAUGUCAUUGCGAUGCCGAUUGUUUUACGUAUCUCCCUUUCCCUCUCUCCCUCGUAUUGUUUCUUUAUACUUUCUUAUAUUAAAUUAAAUUCAAGGAAUAAAUGCUAUUUUUAAAAGAAAUUGUUAAUUAUAAUAUUGCAAUAUAUAAUGCAAAAUGAAUUGAUUUUGAUAUUUGAAAGUUUUUCUUUGCAAUGUUAUUUUUCUGAAAGAAUAAUUAAAUAGUAAUAUUGAUUUUAGAAAAUACUAACAUUGAUUGUAUAUAAAAUAUACAUAAUAAGAUUUUGAUAAAAAAUGUUAGAAAAAAUAUUUUUGACUAAGAAAAAUAUUUGUAAUCUCGUUUUAAGAAAUUGAGUACUAAUUUUAUUGCGAUUAAAUUCGAAUAAUAUAAUAUAUUUAUUUUCAUAAUUGGUGUUUUUCUUUUUUAGUUUUAAAAACUUGAUUUUUUUUUAUUUUUCUUCUUUUUCUUAUUUUUCCAUUUUCGAUUUUAUGAAAAACGCGAAAGCAAACACUCUUAAUAGCUCUCUUUCAGUUAAUUAAUUUUUCGCAAAGAUAUGCAAAUCUUCGAAGCAGUGUGCACGAAUAAUCGUUUAUAUGAAUGUCAUAGCCUUAGUUUCGCUAGUUGAAAAGAAGAAAGAAUGUUUUAGACCCUUGCUCAAUAAAUAAAAUAUUAAUUUCGAUGUCAAAAAUUAUAUAUCGAUAUUAAUUUUAAGUUAAAUUCCCAAAGCAAAACAACAUUGACCAUUUUCACUAAAUAAAUCGAAUGGACAACGUAGGUUAAUAUAAUAUACAUAUGUAUAAUUUCGAAGCGAGCAAUGAAUUUUCGUAUUCUCGUUAUCGAUAAUUAAAUAAAUUGUAGUUGUCCGAUCGACAUCUAUCAUCAAAGUUUCUAUAAUAUAUUUAACAUGUUUUUUCAGCUUUUAUUUUGCAUAUUUGUUUUGCGUCAGCAUCUUUAUAAAGUUAACAAACUUUAUAAAAUUUGUCUUGCGUGCGUGUUUAAAAUUACAUUCUUAAACUCGCGCCGAUUUCCGUCGAUUUUUAUUCACUCUUUCAUGAAAUGACAAAGGAUUCAUCGGAGAAUUUCAAAUGAAAUAUUUGUCGCGCAAAGUUGGACACACACAGGACCAUGUUUUCGUAAAAGUAGAAAUAAGACCUGAGCUUAAUGUAUUCUCUCGUAAAACCAUGUAUAAAACUCCUGUUUGUACCUUACUAGUUUACUAUGACGCUAUUAUAGAUUACGUAUAGAGGAAUUGAAAGUGAAAGAAAAAAAGCGAUCGAAUAAAUAAAAUAAGAACAAAAGAGAGCGCGAGAGAGAACGAGCGAGCGAAAGGACGAGAAAUAAAGAAAUAGGGAUGUUUAGUGUCCAUUCGAAGAUCACGUUAUAAGUCCUUUAUUUUUCGCUACAAAUCGAUGAAAGAUUAGUGUUAAUAUGAUUAGUAACAAAAAAUGCAUAUAAUUAUCGUGCUUUCGCUUCGAAAAUGUUUCAUAAUUCUAAUUAGAUUGUUUUAUGGCGCCGUUUUAUGGCCGUUCGGUGAAAGACUAUAUCAGCAAGGCUGGUGAUUAGACUUCGAUUAGUUUCCUUUUUUAUGUUAAGCAUGAUAAUGACUUAGCAAAUGUGUUUUACUCAAAGUGUCCUUCCUAUGUAAAUUUACUUGUUUGUCCUCAUAAAUUAUAAAUAAAUAAUAUCUUUCGUGUUCACGUA